AGGUGCAGCUCAGGACAGCUAAAAGAGACACCAGAGCUGGACAAAGUGCAGAGCCUGGACUAAGUACCAAAGUUAACCCAUCAGUGGAAGCAUAAGGACUACUAGAACUCUUAUUUUUUUUGGAUAUUGCCUGUCUUUGGAUUGCCACGUGCAGCAGAUCCCAUGGCCUCCUGCGACCUCAGUAGUGUCCUUACGGAUGCCAACUGGGCGAUGUACCAGACUACAGAUAUCGACCCCCUGCAGCCCCCAUCACUGAAUGAGCCACUGCAACCUCUUACAACCUCACUUUUCACUUUGAUGCCAAGUGCACACGAGCAGCCAGGCUGGCGUCUUCUGCCACCACAGUACUGGACGAAACAGAACACCAUGGAGUGGAUUAGCCACCAUGUGGACGAGACCCAUUUCGAUGCCUGCACUCUCAACAUGUCCAGUUGCUCCAUGGAUGGCGUCACACUCUGCCAGAUGUCCCACCAGGCCCUCGUGUCUGCUUUCGGCUCCCUGGGGGAACGACUUUUUCACAGUUUGCUGGAGCUAAAGGCUAAAUAUGGUGCCAGUGAUAUGACCAUGACCUGUGACUUCCUCAACAAUCUCUUGGAUGAGUACCCGGAAAUCCUUAACGUGAGUGGAGGCGAAAGUAUCUACGAUCUAAGCAUUGUGAAUGAACACCAAGAGAGUGCUUAUGACAUUGAUGGUCCUGUGCAAGACAGGCCCAAGACAAUGGGAGACAUGACACCUGUGAGUGACAAUGGAUAUGAAUCAGGGUCCACCUUGCCAGAUAGCCUGGACUCUUCCAAUGCAAGAAUAUGCCUCAAGAUCACUCCCGUUUACUCAGACUCUGGGAGUGACUCUGACCCGGACACUCCUGACACUCCCUGUCCUCGUACUGCAUCUGGAACCUUCAGGGCAGAAAGAGGUGAGCUGAAGCCCAGCAAGCGGGGCCGGGGAAGGCCGAGGAAGCAGAGCCACUCUUCAGAAGAUUAUGGGCAGAUCAAGAGGAGAAAACAUGCACCAAGAGGGACACACCUCUGGGAGUUUAUCCGAGACAUCCUGAUCCACCCAGAGCAGAAUCCGGGCCUAAUGAAGUGGGAGGACCAUCAGCAGGGUGUCUUUAAAUUCCUCAAGUCAGAGGCUGUAGCCCAGCUCUGGGGCCAGAAGAAGAGAAACAGUAGCAUGACGUAUGAGAAGCUCAGCCGUGCCAUGAGGUACUACUACAAAAGGGAGAUUCUGGAGCGGGUGGAUGGACGACGUUUAGUGUACAAGUUUGGGAAGAAUUCCAGUGGGUGGCAACAUGGGGAAGCUGGACUAUAAGAGCAGAGUCGCAGUGGUCAAGUGCAGUCAUUUGGUCUAAUGGCAGCCAAAAGCAAAGAGGAUUUUGUCUUUUGCUUUAGUAUCCUCAUACCGGGGGAAGAUGCUGCAGAAAUAUGUAAGCUAAUAUUUUGGCUGAUGUAGGUUGUAUGAACCAACUUUUUAAAUUCCUAUUCUAUGCUUGUUUGUGACGUUUGUCUGUUUCAUUUAAUUUAAUGUUGCCCUCCAUCUCAAGGCCACAAAGCUAUUUUUACAAAGAUCUUUUUUCUGAACCUACAGAUGGUAAUAAUUUAGCUCUGUGACCACAAAACUGUAACACUGUGGCACAUGAGUUAAACCUUAGAAAAAUGUAGCAAUCCAACAAUGUAGGGGUUUAGUCAUGAAACUGCAGCACUGUAAUGCAGUUUAAGGUUUGACAGUGUAACAUUGUAGCAGUGUGUAAAUGAAACAGUAUGAGAGAGUAGUGCCAUACAUUAAGACAUGUUUUAACUACUUGGGAAUCAAUAUUUUGAAAUGAUUAUGAAUUUUUCAAUUACCCUGAUUUAAAUGGAUUUUGUUUUAUAAUUGCUGUGUAAAAAGUAAAUCUAAUGUGCAUUUUUAUAUAAUAAUACUUUUGUACAGUCAAUGUUUUUAAUAAA